AAAAAAACAAAAAAAACGUAUUAUAACAAACUUGUUCACUCUCAUCCUCCUCCUCUUGGUCUAAAGUUCUGCAUUAUAUACUAAUAGAUCAUAUGAUCAUCCAAGGAAGGAAAAAAACAUGAACGAUGAUUUUAAGUUUGUAAAUAUUAGGUAAAGAGGUUCGUCAAUAGAGAAGUGAGUACGUAUAACCAGAUGGAUUCGUGUGGAGGUCAGCCGCUACGCCUCUCAUUACCUAAGUUCAAAACCCUUUAUUUGGUGAGGCAUGCACAAGGAAUACACAACGUAGAAUUAGAAAAGAAAGGAGAGAUAGGUGAUGCCCAUCUCUCUCCAAAGCUUUUCGAUGCCCCUCUCUCUCCAAAGGGUAUCCAACAGGUUUCUGAACAGCGCAAACAAAUACUUGAAUCAGGACUACUAAACACUGUUGAGUUAGUGAUCACCUCUCCCUUGCGCAGGGCAAUGGAAACUGCAGUCGGAAUAUUUAGGGGACACAAAGAUAUAAAUCUAUCCCACAAUUUCCCUCCAAUUCUAGCCCUUGAGAUUUGUAGAGAACGCAUGGGACUAUAUCCGUGUGAUCGUAGAGAAAGUAUAAGUACCCGUCGCAUUUGUUUCCCGGAGAUUGACUUUACAAUGGUGGAGAGUGAUGAAGAUGCUCUAUGGAGAGAAGAGGAAAGGGAAAACCUAGAAGAGGUUUCUGCUAGAGGCCUUCGCUUUCUCAAAUGGUUAUGGGAGAGACCAGAGAAAGAAAUUGCAGUUGUUAGCCAUGGGAUUUUCUUGCAACAAACACUUCGUGCCCUGCAUGAAAAACUUAGCGUACCUCUUGAAGAUAGUGUACUUACAAGGUUUGCCAAUUGUGAACUACGGUCAAUCCGGAUAGAUAAGAGUGCAGUGACAUGGAAGCAGUGACAGUAACAACUUAUAACUGUAGAGAAAACGUUGCUCCAACUUCAAGUUCCCUUCACACGCUUGAAUAGAAGUCAUUCGUGUGAAUUGUGUUUUUAUGUUUUCAUGCCAUGCACAUAGCGCUUGGAACCAGGGAAGCAAGCCACAUCCGAAUCUGGUUACCUACAAACCUAGCUAUGCCUGUGAAACUCUCUCUUUAGUUUUUCUUGAUUAAUGUUUUACUUCCUGAAAAUCUCUCGUCUUAAUUUCUUUUACUUAUGUGUGAUUGAGUAUUUUAACAAAAAAAAUGGCUCUGCUUAAGAUUGUGGUUCCGUUAUGUCAUUCCAAUUUGUGGUUGUAGUUGAUUUUCUUAUAUGAAUGCAUGUAGGAAAUAUAUUGAAAAUUUAUAGCUGUAACUAGACAAUCUC